AUGACCAGCACUUGGUCUCCCUCCUCCUUUCUCGCUAUGGCCGCUCUCAAGAUUGUCCCUGGACAAAGCGGCUACAUGAAUUUGACAUCGACAGAACGAGACACCAUCCAGCAUGUGGAACGGUUUGGGGCCUCCCUGAGCCUGGUGGGGGUUUCCUUCAUCUUUUGGGCUUACUGGAUGUUUAAGCGGGUUCGGACGGUACCCAACACUUUUAUCCUCUUUGCUUCCAUUGCGAACGUUGGGGCCAGCAUCGCCUGCUUGAUCGGCUAUGCUGGAAUAGUCGCCGGGGAUGACUCUGGGCUAUGUAAAGUUCAAGCGUUUUUGCUGGAGAUGUUCAUGCAGUCGGAUCCUUGGUGGUCGCUUGCCAUGGCUGUCAAUGUGUACAUGGUUUUUUUCAUGGCAUACAACCCGAACAACUUUCACAGACAUCUCUGGAUGUACUGUGUCGUUUGCUUCGGUGUUCCCGCCGUCCCGGCAGUUGUCAUGUUAUUCCAUCGGCCUGGCGAUGUGCACAUGUACGGGAACGCAACACUGUGGUGCUGGAUUGCCGACGCGUACAAUCAGCUGCGCAUCUUUCUCUACUACCUACCAAUCUGGACUUGCAUCGCGCUGUCUGCUCUCAUCUACGUGGCAGUCGGCUACCAUGUGUUUCACCAGCGUAACCAGUUGAGGAACCUCACACUGAGCAACCAGGCCAAGGACGCCUCCGGCACCGACCUCAGAGGAUCAGCGGAAAAGGAACCCCAACUCGACGACAGAAGAGGCGCAUGCUAUGGCACCGUGACGACCGAGGUCCAAGUGACAGCCGAAGCGGCAGAGUGCUCCUCGCACGCCUCGACCUUGACGGAUGGCACUCACGACCAGCAGCACGAAGCGACCCCGCCCUCGACACCCACCGGCGCGUCAAGCAUCACACCUGUCCUACCGCCCGCCCACCGCCAUGCCAUGGCCACCGCCCCUCAGCCACCAGCCGCCACCCUCCACCCGUGGGUAUCGCCCGCCGAGUCCCUCGACUCCGACGACUUUGGGAGAUCGCCCACCUCGCACUCGUGCUCUCGAACCCAGCACUCGAACCCGUUCAAGACUAUCUCGAGCGUUUCCUCUGCCCCAAGAUGCCGGUCCGCCUCUGUCGCGAAUGUCAACAGGCAAAAUUGGUUGAAGACCAGGUUUGACCACGUCGGUCAGGCGUGGAAGAAGUUUCGGUACAAGCUUGUCAACCUGGACCCGAUCAAGCUGGCCUAUCUCCGGACCUCGUUUGUUUUUGCAAUCUCAGUGCUCGUGACGUGGACGCCGAGCAGUAUCAACCGCGUUUACGCUCUCAUGUACCCAGCUACGACGAGCUACUCGCUCAAUCUUGCUUCUGCCGUCGUGUUGCCGCUUCAAGGGUUGUGGAAUGCCGUUAUUUUUGCGGCGACUAGCUGGGCUGUGUUGGCGGAGGAGUUUAAGACUUUGUGGAUCAGGUCUGGGGUGAGGAUACCGGGACGGUGGCAGGAGGAACAACAGGAAGGGGGGGCGGUGGUGGAUAGGGAAGGGGUGGAAGGCUUUAAGAUGGCUUGGCACCAGAAUGGGAGAGGGAGGGUUAGUCACGAGGAAGGGGACGAUGGGGAUGAUGUGUUGGUGCCGCCGGAGAGGGUGUUUAGGGAACGGCAUGGGAGUGUGGCGGGUGGGUUUGAUGGUGGGGGUGGGAGUAGACGGCCGUCAGAGUAUGGGAGUCGAAGACCGUCGGAGUAUUUGGUGCCACCUUUGGGGGGGCCGGGGAGUCCGAGGGCUGGGCAGGGGCAGGUCAGGGUUAUUAGAGGAGGUUCUUUAUGAUAGGGCGAGGGUAGGUGGUCAGCGACCACGCGCGGAUGGGUGGACGAGCCUUUUCGAGUAAUGACGAGGAUGGCCUUGUCGAUCGACAAGGUGAAGGCGGGCACACCACCUGCUGGCUCAUCCCCGGGGUUCUUACUUUUUCUACAGGCCGGCCUGUAUGUUUGUCAUGUCUUGUUCUGAUGGCAGAUGACGGUAGUGUGAGCGGGGCGUCAUGAGUUUGUUUUACUAUACCCAGGACAGGUUGUUAAUUUCGGCGUGAGGAUGGGUGGAGUUUGGGGAAUGUUGAAUGAUGUAUACCAAGGGGAUGGGAGCUUUGUGACGGAUGAUGAGGCGGGUUAGACAGCUCGUCAGUGUGUACCUACACCAUGCAGUCUUCUGUUACAUAUGAGACCUGAAUGAUUCUGCCAGGUCUGCUCGGAUGCUUCGUCCUCAUGACCCGACCACGUACUGUGGUUUUGCCAGGCGCUCUGCGUUUCAUCACUGUUCGUGUCUUUGGAGUAGCUCACCAUCAGCAUCAUUGAUGAAUGUGUGAUAUUAAGCUCGGCUUGCUUACUGGGUUUGACUGUUGUGUUUUAUGAGAUAAUCCAAGCCCCAAACUUUUGCUCGUGGGCGAUGAAGCAACGGACAAGAUGGGCUGA